CGCAGCGGGGCCGAGACAGAGCUGGCACCUCCGGAUCGGGCCCCGGGCGGCCAGGGGGCCGCCGCGAUGCCCAGCGAAAAUAUCUUCCUGUUUGUGCCUAACCUAAUCGGUUAUGCCCGGAUUGUCUUCGCCAUCAUUUCUUUCUACUUCAUGCCCUGCUGCCCCCUCACGGCCUCCUCCUUCUACCUGCUCAGCGGGCUUCUGGACGCUUUCGAUGGAUACGCUGCUCGAAUCCUUAAUCAAGGGACCCGGUUUGGGGCCAUGCUGGACAUGCUGACGGACCGCUGCUCCACCAUGUGUCUGCUGGUCAACCUGGCCCUGCUGUACCCUCGCGCCACCCUUCUCUUCCAGCUCAGCAUGAGCUUGGAUGUGGCCAGCCACUGGCUGCACCUCCACAGUUCUGUGGUCCGAGGCAGUGAAAGUCACAAGAUGAUCGACCUGUCUGGAAAUCCAGUGCUUCGCAUCUACUAUACCUCCAGACCUGCCCUGUUUACCCUGUGUGCUGGAAAUGAGCUCUUCUACUGCCUCCUCUACCUGUUCAGUUUCUCCGAGGGACCUUUAGUUGGCUCUGUGGGUCUUUUCCGAAUGGGACUGUGGAUCACCGCCCCCAUCGCCUUGCUCAAGUCCCUCAUCAGUGUCAUCCACCUGAUCACAGCUGCCCGCAACAUGGCUGCCCUGGAUGCGGCAGACCGUGCCAAGAAGAAGUGACCCUGGAGUUCCAGCCUCUGGCUGCCCACCUGCCCUGGGAGGCUCACUGUGCCACGCGGCUCCCCUCUCCCUCCUAGGAGGUCCAGGCUCAUGUCUUCCUAAUAUGUUGUCCAGCCUGCUGGAAGGGGGUCAGCCUCUUCAGUGAUGUCAUGUUCUCCUGAAGCGAUUUCAUGUUCAGUGAUGUCAUGAAAUCCUGAAGGCCAGUCCCACCCCUGGACUCCAGAUCAGGACGGAUGCUCAGGAGCCCCAGUGCUUCUGGGACGCUAAGAGGCUUAUCUGAGAGCUGGCUUAGCCCUGGGGUCCGGCUUGGCCCAAGACUUUAGGGACACUUGCGUGAGGGAGAUGGGGGAAGGGCCAGUUUCCCAAAAGGCAGGGGAUCGGAACUCUGCCCCUGGCCAGAGGAAGCGCUGACUUUUCUUGUUUCUUCUCUAUUCCUACAGUGAAGAUUAACCUUAACCUGGCCUAUCGCAGUUGCUUAAUAAAUAUUCACAAGUAGUUAAGUUGGUUUCUCAGCGCAGUCCUUAGACCACCUAUGGGGUAUUUUUUAAAAAUUCAGCUUCUAGGACGUGGCACCAGAGUUGGAAUCUCUAGGGAUGGCCCCAGAAGUCUGCACUUUUAAUAAACUCCAGGUGAUUGAUUCUUCCUAGGGUUGAAGAUCACUGUGCUCCUUAAA